UUUAUCCGCUCGUUCAGUUGCCACAAACGCAUUCUGUUUGACAGUUGCAAUAUAUUUAACUUUGUCAACCUAUUACAAAAAUACCACAUAAACCAUGACUUGCAUCGGGUCCAUCUUGUCAUAUACUGCAUCUGUUUUGAUUUUCGUACUUCAAAUUGAAGCCUCGUCCGCAUCAUUUUAUGACUUUCUUAGCAGUCAUGGCAGCAACAGAGGUCACGGUGGUCUAGACUGGUGGGGGGACAGGACGACUCUGUUGAGAAGGUCUCUCCUCCGCGCAUCCCUCAAUGAAGUCAGCCUGAAAAGGGAGAGCAAACAUGGUCAUGGAUAUGGUCACAUAUACCUGCAGGAAGGCAUGACUGCUACAUUGAAGACCAGCAGCUGUGAUUCAGAAGGAGUUCCUGGAGAUGACAAUGCAGUGUUGGUGUUGAACCCCUGCAAGACCGAGCCCAACUCGCCCCAGUGCAUUUUCGAGUCAGCAAAGAACUACACACUCAAGAUAGACUUCGAACCAGUUCGUGAACUAGUCAGUCCCCGAAUUGAAGUCUCGCUCAUUCUACCUCAAAACAAGUCACAACAGCAACUAGAACAGGCACCUGGCUUAGCAAUAGGGGAAGAGUGGGGGGAGGAAGUCGCCCUGGGUGUCACUGAAGAGGGGCUAGUGUGUGAAGGGGGCAUGUUGAGUUACGGGAAGUGUCCUCUGAUGCCCCGAUAUGUGUAUGAGAUUAAGACCAUGUUGACAGUCCCACUCCUCUCCAUUGUGAUUACGGAAGAAGUUAAGCUGGCCAUCCGAAUAACGGGCUUAAAAAAGAACCCAGAAGUUGUUGAUGACACUACGAGUGAUGGUGAAAUUGAACCAGCGCGGGAAGAAGUGAUGUGUCUCCAGGCUAAAGUGCAGUUGUCCAACCCCCUCGAACAGUACCUGUUGCAACACAGUUUCACACAACUCCCCAUUCUUCCGUCCGACCCCAUCCUAAACGCGGAGAUAGAAUCGGGCGAGAAAUAGAUGAACUGACACCAAAACUACAUUUAAAUUAUUCAGUUUCAAUUCGAUUCAGUUUCAAAGUUCAGCUAAUUUAUAUUUGUGUGCAACAAA